GCUGAAGGGGAAAGAAGAAGCAGCAGCAGCAGCAGAAGGGAGGAGGAGAAAGGAGCCAGUCCUCGGUGCCGAGCCUCGGAUGUGCUGCUAAAGGAGAGAUUUGCAAAUUUACGCUCUUGCGCUGCACUGCUAUUUUUGCAUUGGCAUUUUUGCAAAAGAAAACUAUUAAUUUCUCAGUGAGAGAGAAAACUUAUUUCUGCAGUUCUUGUUUUCCUUUUUCUUUUAAAAAAGGGGAGGGGGGUUGCAUUGAACUGCAAAAGCAGGCCGAAUGUUUAGGAAUGGCUGAAGAGAACAACAAGGGUCUCCAACCCAAGGGCGGUGGUAGGAUAAAGAAGACUGCAGUUGCUGAAGAAGCAGGGGGAGAAGAGGAAGGAGAGGAGGAGGAGGAGGAGGAAGAAGACGAAGAGGGGGAGGAAGAGGAAGGGGAGCUGAGCCUGGUUAAAGCCAUGCAGCAGUGCGAACUGAACCAGGACAUGAUCGACAUCAGCAUCUCCAAUCUGGAGGGGCUCAGGACCAAAUGCGCCGCGUCCAACGACCUGACGCAACAGGAGAUCCGCAUGCUUGAGGUGAAACUUGUCAAAUAUAUCAGUAAACAGUUGCAGUGCAAGCGCAAGGUACCACCCAGUGAAAGAUCCUCUAAAUUGGAGAGCUAUCCUCGACUAAGUGACUGGUUCCAUACCAUUAACUUAAGAAAAGAAAUAUUACAGGAGGUUCCAGGUAACCUAACGCUUGAUACCUUGCUGAAUAUGUCGGAUACGAAAGUCUGUGAAGCCAUGAAGAGAUAUGGAGCCAAUCCUGAUGAAUGUAGCCGACUAAAUGCUGCCCUCUCCUGCUUGAGGAAUAUAAAUGACUCUGGCGGUGAGUUGCAAGAAGAUGCUCUUCCUUGGACUUCAACUGAAACAAGGCGAGAAAGCAACCCUGCGCUACCUCCAGAGUUGAUUUCUUCUGCUGGAUCCAGACAGCCACACAGCCCUUCACCUAUUCCCAGACUAAUUCAUCCACAACCACGUUCAGUCUCUGUUUCUGUUAUUCCUAGUUCGGAUUAUGUCUACUUGCCAAAUCGGUCAGAUUAUUUAGUGGACCCCUUUUCACAAUCCCCUCUACCAGGCCGACGAACGUCAGGACCUCAAACCAUUAUGACUACGCCACCGGCCACUCCUCCAUCAAAGAAGAAAUAUCGGUUUAAACCACCACGAACCCCACCACCACCUUCUCGGAAACUCAUUCAGCUUUUUCCUGGUUUCUCAGGACUUACCAGAAGUAAAUCUCAUGAAUCUCAACUGGGCAAUAGAAUAGAUGACGUACCAACAAUUAAGUUCGGUAAGAAAAACAAGUUUUUUCUCAAUCUGAACAUCAAUGGCAGUGGCACCAGCUGUGACGAUAUCGUGACCCGAUCCCCCUUAUUACCAUGUAGGCCUUUCUUUUCUCCGUCUAUCGGAAGUUCUUACUGUCUUCCCUCAACGCCUUGUCCAUCUGAUGACCACAGUUCUCCUAAAAACUCGUUACAUGUACCACGAGGAUCCCCUCAGAUGCAACACAGGGAUUUUGGGCUCUCCAUUACACAUAGGUUUUCAACAAAAUCCUGGCUCUCUCAGACAUGUCAAGUUUGUCAAAAAAACAUGAUGUUUGGCGUGAAGUGCAAACACUGUAGAUUAAAGUGCCACAACAAAUGCACAAAAGAAGCUCCUCCAUGCCGGAUUUCAUUUCCCCAAAUAUCAAAAAUGAGAAGAACCGAGUCUGUACCAUCUGAUAUAAAUAAUUCUGUGGAUAGACCUGGGGAGCCUCAGUUUGCUACUCUUCCAAAGGUACCUCAUAAAAAGGAUCCCGCUCCUUUAGAUUCCAGCAGCAACCCAUCUUCAACAACCUCUUCAACGCCAUCUUCUCCAGCACCCUAUCCGUCUUCCAAUCCUCCCAGUGCAACUCCACCCCCAAACCCUUCGCCGAAAGGUCACAAAGACAGGUUCAAAUUUCCAGCUGCAUACUACUUUCAUCAUAGACAACAAUUUAUCUUCCCUGAUGUUCCUAGCCCUACGUUGCAUGUCACCCUGCAGCCUGACAGCUCUGAACACACUAAUCCAGUGGAGGAAACUGAAUCAGAAGCCGUUGAAGAUGUAGAUGCAGAGAAUGAAGAUCGGGCCCUCGAAGAUGAGGAGGCUAGCAAGUCAGAAUUGGAGUAUGAGACUGAUGAGGUGGACGAUUUGCCAAGUACAAGACCCCAUUGGAAGGGGCCGAUAUUCCGCAAGGCCAGCCAGACGAGUGUCUUCUUGCAAGAAUGGGACAUCCCCUUUCAUGAAUUGGAGGUCGGAGAGCUUAUUGGCCAAGGGCGUUGGGGCAAAGUUCACAAAGGACGCUGGCAUGGAGAAGUGGCAAUUAGGUUGUUGGAGAUUGAUGGCAAUAACCAGGAUCACCUGAAAUUGUUCAAGAAAGAAGUGAUGACUUAUCGUCAAACCAGGCAUGAAAAUGUGGUACUUUUCAUGGGAGCCUGUAUGCACCCCCCUCAUUUAGCCAUUAUUACAAGUUUCUGUAAAGGACGAACACUCUUCUCAUUUGUAAGAGAUUCCAAAACCACACUGGAUAUUAACAAGACAAGGCUAAUUGCACAGGAAAUUAUAAAAGGGAUGGGGUACCUUCAUGCAAGGGGCAUUGUGCACAAGGAUUUGAAAUCAAAGAAUAUCUUUUAUGACAAUGGAAAAGUUGUCAUCACAGACUUUGGGCUAUUUGGUAUAUCUGGUGUGGUGCAAGAGGACAGGAGAGAGAAUGAGUUGAAGCUGCCAAAUGGAUGGUUGUGCUAUGUGGCACCUGAAAUAGUCCAGGAAAUGUAUCCAGGCAAGGAUGAAGAUAAGCUCCCCUUUUCAAAGGCAGGAGAUGUAUAUGCAUUCGGAACUAUUUGGUAUGAACUCCAAGCUAGGGAUUGGCCAUUGAAGAACCAACCUGUGGAGGCAAUAAUCUGGCAAGUUGGCAGUGGGGAAGGAGUCCAGAAUCUUUUGGCUCAGAUUUCCUUUGGAAAAGAAAUAACGGAAAUUCUCUCCACGUGCUGGUGUUAUGAUCCAUGUGAAAGACCGACCUUCUCUCAGCUGAUGGACAUGCUUGAAAAACUGCCAAAGCUGAACAGGCGACUUUCUCACCCAGGCCACUUCUGGAAAUCUGCAGAGUUAGUAUCCCAUCAUCUUCAAUUUUGAAAACAUGCAAUGCGAUGCUACAGUGUACCUGGCUUUAUUUAAUUGUUCAUUUUUUAAAUAAUGCUAACUUUUAACGUCCAGCUGUGAGAUUAUGCUAGCCAUUUUUUGUGGACUAAGCAGUUUAACUCCAUCCAGGGACGCCGACAGUCCUUUCAGGUGAGGCAGUGGUUUACCUGCACCUCUAUUGUGUUCCCAGUUUGGGCUCCUAAAUAUCGGCUAGACCAAGCGUAGACUUGGUGAUCAUUUGGCUGAUACUUACAGUCAGUUCACCUUUGCCUACAUGAUCUCCCCGUUGCCAAACAUUUAAACUCCAUUUCCCACUCCCAUACUGUCCUGGGCCUCCUCCACGGUUCGAGUGAGACCACACGCAAAUUGGAGGAACAGCACCUCAUAUUUCGCUUGGGCAACUUACAACCCAGCGGUAUGAAUGUUGAUUUCUCUUAUUUCAAGUAACUCCUGUAUUUCCAGUCUCCCCCUCCCUCCCCAACCUAGUUGUCCCACCAGUUCCACUGUUCACAUCCUUGUAUCCUUCUCAUUGGCACAUCUUCCCCAGUCAACAAUGGGCCAUUAUCGGACUACACUCUUCCUUAGGUCAUCUGUUGCCGACCCUGAUUAGUUCUGACCUUUUCCCGCCUCCAGUUAAUUUCUCCCCCUCUUUUCCAACCCCCCCCCCCCCCCCCCCCAGGAGAUUACCACCAGUUUUAAGUAUUUUUGGUUUUUCGAUGAACAAUUUAAUCUUAUUGAUACUUCUUUAUUCUCGCUUACAACUAAAUGUUAACCUUGUUCAGUGGGUAGUUACAAGCAUAAAGAUGCAGAGUUACAGUACUUGGCCACAGUUAGAAAAUGUACAAGGGUUGAUCUCAAGUACAUAUACUUAUUGUAUUUACCUCCAGGCCAUUUUCUCUUAACGGACAUGUUUUUUCUGGUAUUUUAUCAUUUGUUAAUGGCUCUGGAGCAUAUAGAUAAAUAGGUUUAAAUAUGCUGCCUGUCCCGCUGAGUUACUCCAGCAUUUUGUGUCUAUCUUCGAUGUAAACCAGCAUCUGCAGUAUUCUCCGGUGCAGAUAAAUAGUUUUUUUUUAAUUGAGAUCUCACAAAAUGUAAUUAACCAUUUACUUCUCAGUCACAUCAGUGAAUCAACACCUUCACUGUCAAUCAGAAGUUAAAUCUACACCAUAAAGUUUGUCAUAUGCCAAGAUUAUUGAAGGUGCAUUUUCACUGCAAGCACACUAAAGCAGUCAAAAGUAAUUGACACUGUGACAUAUUUCCUCAUGUACAAGAUAGCUUUCAUUUUCCAAUUAUCGGUACUUCGGGGACCAUUUGUCACGUGGGAGGAGGUGAUGGCUUUUGUCGGCUACGAGGAUAGAUCAGUAGGUAGAAGAAUUUUCAAUAGUGAGAGUAGCUUGGCUCUUCAAGAAGUAUAUUUUAUUUUAAACAACUUCACAAUGAUCAGCACAUGCUGCUAGUUGAGCCAUUGGGUUGCAUUUGUUGAAUGCACCCUGAGCCCAGUGCAACACCACAGUUUCAUCAGAAAGUUUUAUUGCAGUCGAGGCAACUUAUUUCAAUCAAUCAAUCAAUCAAUCAACCUUUAUUGUCAUCUUGCAAAGCAACAGUUGUACAGUGCAAAAUGAGUAGACGUUUCCCAGGGAAUUUUGUGAUGGUUCGCCUUUUUUUGGUUCAUACUGAUCAUCACCAAUAUUGACGUCAGCUCCAAAAUUGUCCCAUUGAUGUAGCGUUU